UGAGCUGCAGAACUUCCCUUCCAGCUUAUGGAAUCCACAAGCUCAAGAGACCAUCUAGAUGUUGCUUACCCUUGAAUUUACGCCUACUCUAACAGAGAACUAUGAAGAUGCUGAGGACAUUGUAUCUUCUCAUUUGGGUGUUAACUCCAGGCUGCUUGGCAUUGACAGGUCCAGCUGAAGUGACAGGUUACAUAGGAGGAUCACUCCGUCUAUCCUGCCACUAUGAGGAAGCGUUUGAACAGAACACCAAGUUUUGGUGUAAAGGAUACCAGUUCAUAGAAGUCUGUUCUAGUAGUAUAACUAAAUCAGAAUCAGAAGAGAAAGUGGAAAAAGACAGAGUCUCCAUUGAAGAUAAUAAGAAACAACACUACUUCAAUGUGACUAUGGACAAGUUGAGACUGGAAGAUGAUGGUUUUUAUCAGUGUGGCAUUGAGAGAAGAAUUAUCGGUAAUAUAAGGCACAGUGUUCAAGUGACUAUUUCCCUAGGUCCAGAAGGAAUAACAACAAAACAGCCAGAACUCAACCACCCCAUAAAGACUACUGAAUCCAACACCAGCUUUACUCCUUCAAAGCCUGGGAAAUCAAAGUCCAAAGUGGUGAUAUAUUGCAUUGUUCUGCUGUUUAUUCUUCUCUUGCUUGCAGCUGUAGUACUGGUGGUGGUGUCGCGGAAAAAGAAAAGAGGUUCAUGUGUGCAGAGAGAAAAAGAAAUAAACCUAUCAGAAAUGGCUUCAGAGAAGAGAGAGGAAGUUCCUUACGCCACGCUGAUGAUUUCAGAUCUGCAGGAGAAAUCCAUCUAUGCCAAUGCAGAUCUUGUCUGCAACCCAACUCUCCCACAGACAACUACCGAGGAGGUUGUGUAUACAGAGGUGGCAAAGAAUUCUAAAUGUUAACAAAGAGCUUCUCUCUUGUGCAUUGGGUGUGUUUUUAUCCAGAGCAGUGCCCUAGACCAGAGCCCCUUCUACUUGAAAAAGGCAAUGGGUGAUAGCAUGGAACUGAACAACUCAUUGCUCUUUGGUUAGAACUCUGCUCAACACAGUCAUCUCUUGAUGAUCUGAAGAAUGAAAGCAGACAGGCACUACUUGUGAUGCCAAGAAGAGAAAAAUACUAGAUCUGCAUUUACAGAAGCCACACAUGGCAGGAAGGUGCAAGAACCUGCCCGAGAGAUAAAUAUUACUGCUGGAAAUGGGGCCAGGGGUGGGUGGGUGUUGCUUUCAGUGUACCUUCACAUAGGACUUGGUGAUUUUAUUUGUAUCAUGGAAUGUAGAAUUUGGAUCUGACUUGAUUUCCAUUUUUUAAACUAUGCACUCUUGUUAAAAGCAAACAGAUUUCUGA